AUUGUGAAUAAAUAAAUACGCGCACGACUUAAAGGCGAAGAGCAGAAGUUUAAUAAUUACAUAUAUUUCGAAGCGAAAAGUGAGCUCUAAAUAUGGAAACCCAAAAUACAAUUGAGGCUGAUGCAACAGCCGAUUCAUCAUUUCUGGCAUCCACAUUUCGUGAAAUCUUCUACAGUCCCAUGAACCUGGCCCUGUUGUCUAUCAUAUGUUUCCUGGUCUAUAAAAUAGUACGCGAUCGCACCGAGGGUCCGGGCACUCGCGACCCACAGCAACAGGCGGAACCAGAGUUGCCAAAGUUGCGACGGGACUUCACCAUUAAGGAGCUGCGUCCCUAUGAUGGCAAUCAACCUGAUGGUCGCGUUUUGGUGGCGGUGAAUGGAAGUGUCUAUGACGUCACCAAAGGAAAACGAUUUUACGGUCCUGGCGGACCAUAUGCGACAUUUGCCGGACGCGAUGCAUCACGAAAUUUAGCCACAUUCAGUGUGGAACCCAAUGAGAAAGAAGACUACGAUGAUCUCAGCGAUCUUGGCGCCAUGGAAAUGGACUCGGUACGCGAUUGGGAUAUGCAGUUCAAAGAGAAAUACGACUAUGUUGGCAAAUUGCUGCGUAAUGGUGAACAACCGACCAAUUAUGAUAACGAGAACGACAACGAUGAAGAUGAUGAAAAAACUGACGCUGACAAGAAAAGCGAUUAGACGAAAGCCGACUGUGGAAAACAUAUGCUGUAAUGAUGACUAGCACAAAGCGAUCACUUGGAAUCAAUUUUCAUAGUACGAGUAUAUCGAACAGCUUUGUAAUCUAGUUACAUUCCCGCACUUACACUCCCUCUUGUCACACUCACACAACCACACACACACACUCAUACUAACAAUGGAACAGUCAACCUGUAAAAACAUUUAGAAUUUAAUGGAAAACUAUACUAGGAUUUAUAUAUGUAUGUAUGUUUUAAAAAACCAAAAACUAUUUUUGGUAUAAAAUCAAAAUUGUGCACCAAAACAUCUUAUCAAAAUUGUAUGUACACAUAACGAAGUACCAGUUAAAUCUUUUUUACUGGCACGAUCAUUGUUGGCCUGCUUAAAAAAAGGGUUAAACUACACAAAUUAACUACACAUAUGUAUAUGAAAUAGUGUUGAUUACAAAAUAAAUAUAUAUUUGGGAA